GCGCCCGGGGCUGGUCCCCGGAGCCCAGAGGGAGGGGCAGGCUUCCCGCCUCCAGGCGACAGCAGCCGCGGCCUGGUCCCUGCGUGGACACCUCGGCGCCCGCGCCGCUCUUCCUGUCGCCAGGAGUGGCGGCCCGGCCAGCGGGCAGCCGGGACGGACGGUCGCCAUUCCUGUGUCGCUGCGCCCGCGGGGGCCGCCCGAGCCGGCCACGAUGCCUCUGGGCCUGAAGCCCACCUGCAGCGUCUGCAAAACCACGUCGUCCUCCAUGUGGAAGAAGGGUCCCCAGGGGGAGAUCCUCUGCCACCACUGCACGGGCCGGGGCGCCGCGGCGGGCGGGGGCGGCGGAGCGGGAGCGGCAGGGGGAACCGCGAGCCACGGCGGCGCGGGCAGCUUCGGCGCCGCGACCUUCGCCAGCACGUCGGCCGCCCCGGCGCAGAGCAACGGGGGUGGCGGCGGCAAGCAGAGUAAGCAGGAAAUUCACAGGAGGUCUGCUCGGCUUAGAAACACGAAAUACAAAUCUGCUCCAGCCACUGAAAAGAAAGUUUCCACAAAAGGGAAAGGGAGAAGACAUAUUUUCAAACUAAAAAACCCCAUCAAAGCUCCCGAGUCUGUUUCUACCAUAAUCACCGCAGAGUCAAUCUUCUACAAGGGAGUCUACUACCAAAUUGGAGAUGUUGUUUCUGUGAUUGAUGAGCAAGAUGGAAAGCCUUAUUAUGCUCAGAUCAGAGGCUUUAUACAGGACCAGUAUUGUGAGAAGAGUGCAGCACUGACGUGGCUUAUCCCCACUCUGUCUAGUCCCAGGGACCAAUUUGAUCCUGCAUCCUACAUCAUAGGACCAGAGGAGGAUCUUCCAAGGAAGAUGGAAUACUUAGAAUUUGUUUGUCACGCACCCUCUGAAUAUUUCAAGUCUCGUUCAUCACCAUUUCCCACAGUUCCUACCAGACCAGAGAAGGGCUAUAUAUGGACUCACGUUGGGCCUACUCCUGCCAUAACUAUUAAGGAAACAGUUGCCAACCAUUUGUAACUGGAAAAGUAAAGCCAAAUACCCAGUUAUCUUAUUUUCUUACUAUUGAAAUAUGCCACGUUUCCUUAAUGAAAUUCGGAGAUAAAAAAUAACCUCAAUACUUUUCCCCUACUACCCACUAAUCAUUAGUCUGUUAAUUACUCUUAGAAAAAUUUUUUAAAAAUUUAAAAAUUACACUUAGAAAAAUUUAAAGUAUAGGGCCGGGUGCUAGUGCACCUGGUUGAGCGCACAUGUUACAAUGUACAAGGACCCAGGUUCUAGCACCCUCUCCCUCCAUCCCCACCUGCAGAGUGGUAAAUCAGUGCUGCAGGUGUCUUUUUCUCUCCCUUUCUGUCGCCCCCUACACUCUCAAUUUCUGUCUCUAAUAAAUAAAGAUAAUAAAAAAUAAUAAUUAAAUUUUAAAAAUUAAAAGCAUAUAUAUUUUUUUUCUUGCUUCUAGGGUUAUCACUGAGGCUCAGUCCCUGUACUGAUUCCAACUGCUCCUGGAGGCCAUUUUUUUCCAUUGUUGUUGGAUAGGACAGAGAGAAACUGAGGAAAGGAAGAGAGAAAGACACCUGCAGACCUGCUUCACUUCUUGUGAAGCAACCCCCCCUGCAGGUGGGGAGCCAGAGGCCUGAACCGGGAUUCUUGCGCCGGUCCUUGUGCUUUGCACUAUGUGCCCAUAAUCCACUGCACUACCACCUGGCCCUCAAGAAAUAAUUUUUUUUUUAGAAAUACAUUUUAAAUAACCAUUCCGUGUGUGCCAAGAAAAAGACUAAUUUACAGGGAAACCAAUAGAAACAGAAAAUAUCUAUUUUUCCUCCAUAAUUUAUUUCUAGAAACUCAGAAAAUGAACUGUAUUUUUCUAUAACAAGCAUUAAGGAUAGAAUUUCUGUCCAAAGGUUUAAUCAAAUGUAGCUACAAACCAAUAGUAUCUAUCGUUUGUACAGUUAUAGAGACAUUCUUUUCUCAUCUAGAAAAUGUCAUGACGGACUCUUGGCUGUUUAACAAUUGUAAAGGAGAUGUGAGAAUUACAUAUACUUUCUUCCUUUUCUACCUGGGCUUAACCAGUACUUUUCAGUGCCAGGAAGUUUUUGUCAAAACCUCUUUACUAAUAAUUAUUUUUAUGCUUUUGUAAUUGUUUGAGCAGUGUAACUAUUACCCUUUUUCUACACAGUUUUAAUCUGAGUGUUGGAAAGAAGUAACUGUAGGUAGUUCCAUGUAUAUAAUUAUCUCUCUGUUCACAAGAGAGUAAAACUAAUUGUAAAUACCACUGUAAGUAACUUAAUGCUAGUAUUCAAACUUUAGAAUUAAAAAAUUUUCACAAUGUAUUUGUAUUUUUCACAUUGUAUUUAUACUGGAUUUAUUUUAUUAAUUUAUGUGGGUUGAAAAGGGCUUUCUAUCCAUACAUGGUGUAAACUUAAAUCAUUGUAGUACCCUUGAUCUUAUGUGACAGAUCCAUCAAUAUGUAAUAAAUUUUAGAAAAAAUUUAAAAACCA